AUGGAGUGUGUUGAGCUCAUUGAUUUUGUGCUUGGGGUGAAGAUCUUAGAUCUUUAUAGGGACCGCGUUGGAAAGAUUAAUGGGGAUGCGCCAGAGAGAUUAAGGGUGAGAAAUUUCAAAUUGCGACCUAUUUUUCUUGCUACAUCUACUGCAGCUGCUAUUUGUCUUGCUGAAGAGGAUGGUUGUGGAAAGCAAGACACAACACGACCUUCUUAUGUUCACGUGUCCACAGAACUUCUCAGGUUACAUAUAAAGGCUGCAAUAAGCUCUAGAAAUUCUAGUGGAUCUGCUUUCAAUGAUAGGGGGAAGUGCGUGGGUGUUGCUUCUCAUUGUCUUAAACUUGAAGAUGAGGAAAACCAUGAUCUAUGCAUGGCAAUGGGAAUGGCACCAGAUCAGAAGGUUGUACAAUUCAGAAGAAUCAAACCCACAGCUCCUGGAUCUCAGGUUUUGAAGCUUUCUGAUGUUAUCUUCAGUUUCGAUGGGGUUAAUAUUGCUAUUGUUAAUUUUGCCUCAAUCAAAAGUAAGCAUAGUUUUAUGAGCUUUGCACCUAACGUGUUCGAUAAAAUACUUAGGAGAGGUUUUAAUUCUUGGAUGGUAAUCUGUAUGGAAUCUUUUAACUUUGGGAUGGGUUAUUGCGAGCCUGAAUCCACUUUCGUUUUCACUGCUUCACCCUCGACUAUUCUAUCAUAGCUCCAAGUUUUCAAGAUUUAUACCCCCAUUUUUGCUCAUGGUUCACUAAUUCAUUUUCUGUUGGGUCCCUUGGGUUCUGAAUUGGAGAGAAUUACGGGAUCUGUCCGCUUGUCAUACAUAAUCAUUCUAUAGUACCCCUCGAUCUUGCUGAUCAUGUUCCAGCUUCGGAUGACAAAUGUCCCAUUACUUGAAAACGUAUGUGGAAUUUUGUCUGGAUUUACACAUACUGAUGGCUUAUUCAACUUCUUAAUGCUUGGAACACUUUUUAACUAUGCCGUGGGCGAGAAUUCAACAGGUGGUAUCCCAACUUAUUCAAGCAAAAAUUUGGAUUCUAGUGGCUUAUUUUCUGGGACUAGUUGGAGAAGUUUCUUGUUAUGGAUACCCCAAAGCGUAUCAUCGGCUUGGUCUACUGAACAAAGUCAAAUAGUUUCUACUGAAAAUUUAUAUUA